UGACAUCAGAAACCGGUUCACUGAGGUCGGCGAGAUUUCUUUGUUGUCACUCUCGUUCUUCGAUGCUCAUCCAUUAGAGGAGCCGAUGUUUCUGCUUCCAUGGUAACGCUCUCGUCUCCAUCUCCGUCGCUCUCUUGCGUAGAGAACGUGACAUGUAAAUCUUCUCACGUUUCUCGGGUUCUAAUUUCCGGUACCGAUAAGAAUAAUCACGGUGAAUCAUCGGAGCCCAAGAUACUGAGAGAUGUUCAUAUCUCAGAACGGUUGUUGGAGGAUUUCACUGAGCUUGCAAGAGAGAACACUGAGAAGGACCUCGAGACUUGUGGGACUCUCGCUGCCUUUCUUGAAAGAGGAAUUUUUUAUGUAACCACUCUGAUAAUACCUAAGCAAGAAUCUACUUCCAAUUCUUGUCAGGCUAUGAAUGAAGUGGAAGUGUUUUCCAUUCAAAAUGAAAGAGAACUCUAUCCCGUAGGAUGGAUUCAUACUCAUCCUUCUCAGGGUUGUUUCAUGUCAUCUGUAGAUUUGCAUACACAUUACUCGUAUCAGGUAAUGGUGCCAGAGGCUUUUGCAAUCGUCGUAGCUCCAACCGAUAGCUCUAAGAGUUACGGGAUAUUUAAGCUAACGGACCCUGGAGGAAUGGAGGUACUGAAAGGCUGCUCAGAGACUGGAUUCCACCCACACAAAGAACCAGAAGAUGGGAACCCAGUUUAUGAGCAUUGCUCAAACGUCUACAAGAACUCGAACCUUAGGUUCGAGAUUUUUGAUCUACGUUAAGAGAAGGCUGUCUGAUUCGGGUUAUGAACACAAAUCACCUUCUAUCAAGCUUAGCAAUGUUAAGAAAUUGUCAUGUCCUUAGAUUUGGAUCAAUUGGUUCCAUUAUGGAAGAACACUUAAACAAUGACCAUCGACAUUGUAUUGGCGUAUGCAAAUACAUCUGUAUAAAUGUAAACCUUGGCAUAUAUUUGUUAUAUUUCUCCAUGUAACUACAUUAAUUUUAACUCCGUAAAUAGCCAUUUUAUACUGCUAAA